GAGGAGGGGGGGGGUCUCGAGACGCGGGCUGGCUACGGGAAGGGGGGGGUCCCUUUGGGCCGCCCCACCGGAGGCCCCGAUUCCCAGCUCCCCCCUCUCUUUCCCUCGCACCCAGCCCUCCACCCCCUCCCUUUAUGGAAUAUCAUUUGAUUUAUGGUAUUUUGUUAAGGGCCGAGUAUUUGUCGAAGAGGAGCUGGGAUAGGUGCGAGUUAAUUAUGGACACAGUCAUUGUCCCAUAUUAAGAGGGUGGGCGAAGAGGGAUCGAAUCUUCAUUUUACGGUUGAGAGAAGCGAGGCCCAAAGAGGGGAUUUUCCCCAGGCCGCCCAGCAAAGUCGGCAGAGCCGGGAUUAAAACCGAGAUCCUCUGACUUCCGGGUCGCGCUGCCGCUCCCGCCGGCCCGGGAGGAGAGGAAAACGGGGCCCCCGGAGGACCCCCGUGUGGCCGGGGCUCACGGCCCCAGGCUGCCUGCCCUCCCGGCUUGUUCGUUCGGGGGUCCCUGUUCCCGGGUCACCCCGGUCCUCCCAGCUGAGAGCAGGCAAAGCGGGGGGGCCGGGGGGGCAGGUCUCCUGGAUCCUCCCCCUCGCUCACGCACCCCAGAUCCGAGAGGCGGCCUGAGGGGGGUUGGCAAAGCUGGGUUCCCGUGAGACUCUCUGAGAAGCAGCGUGGCCUGGCGGGUGGAGCCCGGGCCCGGGGAGUCGGAAGGACCCGGGCUGCUCGCAUCACGGCUCCGCCCUCUGUCCGCCGUGUCCCAGAGUCCCUUCGCCUCUCUGGGCCUCAGUUCCCUCGUGCGUAAAAUGGGGACGGGGACCGGGUCCAACCUGAGGAGCGGGUAUCGACCUCAGCGCUUAGUCUGGAUCCUGACCGUGGAUGGGCUGAUCGAGGACGUCAGACGGCGCCGUUACUACGAGAAGCCGUGCCGGCGGAGGCAGCGGGAGAGUUACGAGACCUGCCGGCGAAUCUACAACUCCGAGAUGGCCCGCAAGAUCAACUUCCUCAUGCGCAAGAGCCGGCGGGACCCCUGGCAGGGCUGCUGAGGGCCCCCCGGGCCGGGGGGCUCGGGGCGGGACCGGACCCUCCACCCCACACCGUCCCGUCCUCCCCGGCCCGGCCGGCUCCGUCCGGGCGGACCGGCCGCCCGCCGGAAACGCCGGGCCCGUUGUGGGAGCCGAGCCUUCCCGAGCCCUUCUCCUCCUCCUGCCCCCGUCCUCCUCCCCCUCGGCACGUCCAGCUUCCCGGACACGCGGCGUGAGGAUCCUCCGAAGAGCCGGGGGGAGCCGGGGUCCCUCUCGGCCCUCCCUCCCGGAGGGAGAGGGGGCCGCGGCCCGGAGACUGGCUUCGAACGGGGGGACCCCCCGUCCCCGCCGUCCCCGCCGUCCCCUCCCAGGGUCCGGCAGAGCCCCGCACUGAGGCGGAAAGCGAGGAGCGGAAAGUGAGGGGGCGGGGGGCAACGGAGGGGGGCGGGGAAGGGAGCCGCCGCCUCCGAAUAAAUCUCCCACCGAAAAAG